AUGGCUUCCAUUCCUUCCGGCGGUCCUCCCGCUCUUGACUACAAUCAUCCUUCCCCGCCCUCGUCUCAACUUCGAAGGAAACCUCUGCCGCAGCAUACCAAUCCGCUGACGGUCGACCCUGAUUACUAUCCCCCUUCUCCCUUUUCUGACGAGGGUGAGAAACACGCUUCCAUUCCUCCUCCUGCGUCCAGGUCUCCCUCCCCUUCGGUGGAUGGACACUCCUUUAUAUCGGCGCCAAGGAAUUCCAAUAGAUAUUCUCGAGCUCGAGCUCCGGCGAAGCCUCUCCGCAUCGAUACCGCCGCCUCCUCCGCGUACCUGAAGUCCGUGGUUGAAGACGACGACGACUCGGAAGAGGGUGCUGACUAUUUUGACGACGAUUACGAACACCAGUUCUCGAAUGGAAUCGGAACCCCGCUGCACAAUCGUCUAGUCAGCGAGCCGUUCAUCCCGAUCCUUAGAUCCCCUCCUCCAGCCCAACGACGUGCGACGAGUAUGGCUUUGCACCCGCCUGUCAGCCGGCCACCACCCUUACAUAUUGACAUUGAUCAACGGUCGAUGUCGAUGAGCAGCGACCCUCGACAACCAAAAACACCUGCGAAUAAGAUCAGCUCUUUCUUCGGUUGGAAAGGGAACGCAGGCAACACGGCCACUUCUCCUGGCGGCGAGUCUUCAAGCACCGAGAUCUCCGAUAUUGGUCGUUCACCUAUGCCAUCCCCAAUGCCUCCCCUACAUAAUGUACCUAUAAAACCCCCGUCUCCUUAUGACACAAGGGCUCCUGGUGGUCUCCCGCAGCGGACUCCCUCACUAGCCAGUGUACCCGACACUAUAUUUGCGUCCAAGAUGGCCGACUUGGAAAAUGAAUUACGAGAAAUCAGCUCCGAAUUGGCGGGUUCCAUCCGCCGUGAGAUGGAGCUCGAGGAUCUGAUCGAGCGUCUUCAGCAAGAAGGGCCUGAUGUAAACCGGCGGACAAGUGAUUAUUUCUCCGAUUCAGGCACGAGUUCCGUCCGAUAUGCCCCUGAAAGUCGAGCAGAAGAUAUUGAGAAGAUUAAACGAGCGGCGGAGCAAGAACGUGCUCAAUUAAAGGUGGAAUUGUCGCAGAAGCUGCAGGAAGAGCGCAUGCAACGAACGGCGUCCGAGUCGCAUGUUCAAAUCUUGGAGAACCAGGUCCAGCAGCUUCGACGCGAUAGAGUGGAUUUGUCCGAUCUCUCGUCCAAAACCAGGGAGCUUGAAAUUGCCCUCGAGGAUACCCGACGAAAACUGCUCGAGGAGCGGCAAUCAAAAGAUAAUUUCGAAGAUUUACUCACGGCCAUGCGCGUGGAAUUAGAACAGCUGCGGAACGAACGAGACAUUUUCAAGGAAGGGAAAACCCUCCCGGCGGAAACGCAGCGUCUGGUUGAAGAGAUCGAAGCUCUCAAGAUCGAGAAUGCCUCUUUGGCCCAGUUGCAGGGUGGACGUUUCGCUUCUAUCGCAGAGGAGGAUGGCAUGCCAGCCAAGCGAAACUCCGUGUUUGGUCUCUCACGGUCGAAUUCCCUUGCCCGCAAGCCUGCCGGUGGCCUAUCUCGAUCGAACUCGGUAUCUGGUGGACAGAAACGAGAGAGCCACGAAUCGCUGGUCGACAAGGUGAAGGACAUCGAACUUCAGCGAGAUGCCCUCCACCGGACAUUAAGAAGCCUUCUCGAUCGCCACGCUUACCAGGCGCGCGACUUUGAAAAGCGAGCCAGGCUUAUGCAAAUGGAGCUUGCGCGAGCCCAGGAGGCCGGUCUUCCUCGGAAACUUGGGUAUGAACGUGAGGUCCGGGCCCUCCGUGACGACGUCAACCAUCUCCGCAUGCGCGCGGAAGAUGCGUUGGAUGGCAAGUGGCAGUGCGAGAAGAACUUGGCAGGUCUGAAGAUGGAUCUGGACCGUGCCGAGCAAGAGACUAGCUCCCUCCGCGUGCUUUUGCAGGAGCACGACACCAACAUCCCCGAAGGACUAGAAGCAGACCAAGAAAGCUUUGCCGAAGUCAUGGCCACAUCAUCGUCCUUGGAGUCGGCCUACCGUCAAUUGCUGGCAGAGCGGCAACAGGCCGAGGUCGCAGAGCAAUCAGGCGACCUCGCCGACUCCAUCGGCCGAGUAGAGAUGCUAGGUGGCAAUGUGCAGCAACGGCUGUCCAAGAACAGCUCCCUGCGUAGUCGCCUCGCGAACGCCAUCGACAAGGGCGAGAGGGACCAGCGCAUUUCGAUCGAGCGCAUCAACUUGCUGCAAAACCGAAUGAAGGAGAUGGAAGAUUCUCUCCUGAUCGCUCAGCACCAUUCCGAAGAAGAAAUGGGCAAGCACGAAGAGGAGAUCCGCCAGAUGAAGGAAAGCCACAACGCCCAGCUGGUGCGCAUGAAGAACGGGGUUCGCACACCCGUCGGCGUCUCCCCACGGCCAGCGAAUACACCAUUCGAUUCGCGCUCGCCGCGCAUCGACAAGACUACCAGCGGAGACGGCGUGCCGCUGACCGACGUCGUCCAAGCCGAAGUCUUGGAAAAGCGAGUCAAGGACCUGGAGAAGCUUCUCCGAGACGCAGACAUGGAGAUGGAAGAAUGUGUGGGAAGGAUGAACCGCGCGCAGGUUGACGUAGCCCAACUACAAUCUGAUAGAGACGAAGCCCUUCGUGAAACCCGUCGUCUUCAGGCGGACAUUCAGGCCGAGCGAGAUACGCUCCGAUCCCUGAUGGCCUAA